AUGACUGACUUCAUUGAAGCGGUAUCCAAUCCAUUGGCACCUGAUGUGUUUGUGGGUCAUGGUGACUUUACAAAUCAAAAACUAUCUAAUAGUGAUUUUCGAAAAUUGUUAAUGACACCUAAGCCAUCAGUACAACCUUCAAAAAUUGAUGAAGUACAUGAAACUGGGACCCGCAUUUCUACUCACCACUUGGAAAGAUCCGAUCGUAUACGCCAAGAUCCUAGUCAAACUAUUCAUCGUAGUAAACAUAAGAUAAGUCACAAGCGUCAUCAUGUUCGUAGCAAAAAAGAUACUCAAAAAUCAGAUGUUGCUGAAUCAACACAUCGUUAUCGAGAUCGUGCAAAAGAACGACGUGACGGCAAACUAGUUGCUCCAACUGAGGAAGUUGAGGAAGAACGAGAAAUGGAAAAUGAUGAUGAUACUUUAACUCGUACAGCCGACUAUCGUGCUGUUGCACCAUCGUCUGCUGCUGGUGCUUCACAUGCUGAACGUCGUCGAAUGCUUAUACAGGAAUCUAAAUAUCUUGGUGGUGAUAUGGAACAUACUCACUUGGUCAAAGGUCUUGAUUAUGUUCUAUUACAAAAAGUGCGUUUGGAAAUACAGAAUAAAGAAAUUGAAACCGAACAAGCCCUGGAUAUUGAAUUAAACAAACCUGAUAAAAUGAAAGAAAGUACUAAUAAUGAAGAAAGCAUACAAUUUCGUACUCAUCUAGCGGCAAGUAUAUGCAAUGUUAUUUUCAAUGAACGUCUCCCAGAACGUAAUGAAUAUUUUCAACCUGGUCGCAUGGCUUAUCGUAUUGAACUGGAAGAUGAUUCAGUGGAUUUCGAAGUACCAGCUACAGUGAUUCGUAGCAAAUCUGAUUGUUUACAAAUUGAUGGUCGUGGAACUGGUGCAAUAACUACUAACGAAAUUGUUAUUAAUAAACUUACUCAAAUCUUAUCAUAUUUACGGGCUGGCAAACGACAUGCAAAGAAGGCUAAGCUUAAAGGACGUGUUGCUGACAAAUCUGAAUUUGAUUAUGAAGACAAUCGACAUCUUAUUCAUAAAAUGGCUAAUACUGCCAUAUUUGAAGGUAUCGGCAACGAUUACUUACCGACAACAAAGAAACAAUGCAAAAGUAACGAUAGGAUGGAUUUACCAUAUGAGGAUUCUAGAGUGUCGAAUUCACGUAAUCGUCUACCCGCUUCUAAUACUACUACAUCUGGUAGUAAUAGUAACACCAAUGCUGAAUCAAAUAGUGCACAAGCAUCGUACUUCGAUAUUCCCGCCAAUGCUGAUUCAGUCACAAAUAAUUCAAUAAGUGCUACUAAAGAAUUUUUAAAUGAAUUAAGUCAACGUUUUGAUGUUAAAGAUGAAAAUAAGUUACAGGAAAAAGCAAGUCUUGAACGAUUCUUUGCUAAAACUCAAGUCACGUGUUACGAUGAAUGUUAUCCUGGUUUCGCUGAAUCAUACGAUGCUAUGGGUGAUUCUGAUGAUGAAGCUGAUUUUAGCAAAAUGGAUUUAGGUAAUAAAAAAGGUCCAGUUGGUCGAUGGGACUUUGAAACACAGGAAGAAUAUAGUGAUUAUAUGUCGAAUAAAGAGGCUUUACCAAAAGCUGCAUUUCAAUAUGGUGUUAAAAUGGCUGAUGGUCGUCGUACACGUCGUAUUGGACCAAAAGAUGAAAAAGCUGAAUUAGAUCGUCAAUUACAAAAAAUACAAUCAAUCAUACAAAAACGUAAACAAUUAGCUGAAGAUAGUGGUCCAGUAGGGAAAAAUGUCCGAUUUUAA